AUGAGGAGCCAGAUUUGCCUUUUCGCCUUCCUCCUCUGCUGUUUAUCUGCGGCGCAAGGCUCCAUCUGGGCAUGGAUGCACUCUCUGCCGCACACUGCCAACGGGGUGCCACCUCGCAGGGACCCUGGGUCAUCAUCCGGCCAGGAGCUGACGGCGGCCGUGUGCAGCCACGAAAAAAACUGCCCCCGUGGAUUCUUCUGCGACCACCACUUUGGGCUCUGCCUGCCCUUCAGGCAAGAAGGCGAAUUCUGCCGACGGGAUGCCCACUGCGCCAGGGGACUUAGCUGUAUGUUUGGCAAAUGCCAGGAGACUCUGCCUGGCGGCCAGGAAGGUGCCCGCUGCCACCACGAUAAGGAUUGCUCGCCCGACGCCUGCUGUGCCCGCCAGCAUGGGGAGAAAGUCUGCAAGAAAAGGCUCCUUUUAGACGAAGGGUGCUACGUACCCGAAGGAGGGAUCGCAUUCAGCGUGAACCAGGUGUGCCCCUGCCUAGAAGGACUCGUGUGCAAAAAGAUGCCCCCUAACCGAGAGGCCUCAUUUGAAUACCGGUCGGAUAAAAGUGUCUGGAGAUGCCAAAAACAAUAG